UUAACCACAAACAUAAUGACCAGGGCAAGUUGGCUGAGGUGGUAGAUAAUGCAAAACUGGAAGAAGAUCAAGCUCAGGUGCAUGAUGACCCUAUAGGGUAUAUAGAUUUGACAACAAAGCAAGAAAAAUCAAAGGUUAUGGGAGUUGAGAUUGAUGCCAAGUUGGCAUUAGGGUCAAUUGACCAUAUUGUAGCUCUAGCUACUGUUAUGGAAUGCGAUGACUCCUCUCAAACUUGUCAUGGUUAUCCACUAGGGGAUAAUAAUGUGCGAGUUUCAGUCUAUUGUGCUGUAGAUGAGAAAGCCUUAGUUCCAUUUCCUGUGGCCGAUGAAAUACUAACUGUUAGGCAAGCCAUGGGGAGCUGGGUAGCAUGGCCAAAAGAGCUGGUCAUAAUGUCACAUGACAAGAAAUUUACCAAGGAUAAAGCUGAGAAGAGGAAGAGAAAAAAUUGGUACUGGAAGAAGACGAAAAUGCUAAGGUACUAA